UUGGUGAGCCGCCCGGGGUUAUUUGCAUGUCGGACGCAGCCGGGUACCCAGCUGUGCUGCCGGCCGGCGCAGCGCAGAAGUUUGCAGAGCGCUUUCUCGCCGGCUGGUCCCGGACUCGCGCUGCGCCCUGCGCCCUGCGCCGCCGCCUCCUCCUUCUGCCGCCGCCGCCCUGUUCUCCCGGGAUUCCUUCUCUGUGGAGGACUGACGCUCUGCUUGUGGGAAUUAGAGGUGGACAAGGGGGAGUGCCGGGGGGUAGAGACGGGGGUCUUUCCAGUGACAGCUGCGAGUCGGAACGCCGGGAGCGUGGGGCUCCUGCUGGCCACGGAUCUCGCCCACCUUCCCGCGGCCUCCGGGCAGGCAAUGCGGCCGCCGAGCCCCGCGACGCAGAGAGGAAGGAGGGUGGCCCGGAGAGCCUAGAGCUUGUUUCUGCCCACUUGGGAAAGAGGACAUGGAGUUGUGAGUGCCCCUCGCUCGGCGACGCCGCCCUCGGCAGGCUCCCCAUGGCCGGGACGUACAGCUCGACUCUGAAGACCCUGGAGGACUUGACCUUGGACUCCGGGUAUGGGGCCGGGGACUCGUGCCGCUCGCUCAGCCUCUCGUCCUCCAAGUCCAACUCGCAGGCGCUCAACUCUUCGGCGCAGCAGCACCGCGGGGCGGCCUGGUGGUGCUACUCCGGCUCCAUGAACAGCCGCCACAACAGCUGGGACACGGUGAACACGGUGCUGCCCGAGGACCCCGAAGUGGCCGACCUCUUCUCGCGCUGUCCGCGGCUCCCCGAGCUGGAGGAGUUCCCCUGGACCGAAGGAGACGUGGCCCGGGUGCUCCGCAAAGGCGCUGGCGGCCGGCGGCUGCCCCAGUUCUCCGCGGAGGCGGUGAGGCGCCUGGCCGGGCUGCUCCGCAGGGCACUGAUCCGCGUGGCCCGCGAGGCGCAGCGCCUGAGCGUGCUGCACGCCAAGUGCACCCGCUUUGAGGUGCAGAGCGCCGUGCGCCUGGUGCACAGCUGGGCGCUGGCCGAGAGCUGCGCGCUGGCAGCCGUCAAGGCGCUGUCCCUGUACAGCAUGAGCGCCGGCGACGGGCUGCGCCGGGGCAAGUCCGCGCGCUGCGGCCUCACCUUCUCAGUGGGCCGCUUUUUCCGCUGGAUGGUGGACACCCGAAUCUCCGUGCGCAUCCACGAGUACGCAGCCAUCUCCCUCACCGCCUGCAUGGAGAACCUGGUGGAGGAGAUCCGGGCCAGGGUGAUGGCCAGCCAGAGCCCUGAUGGCGGAGGGGCCGGAGGCGGGGAGGUGUCUGCUGAGGCCCUGGAGAUGGUCAUCAACAACGACGCCGAGCUCUGGGGCGUCUUGCAGCCCUAUGAGCAUCUCAUCUGCGGCAAGAACGCCAAUGGUGUCCUCUCCCUCCCCGCAUACUUCAGCCCCUACAACGGCGGGUCCCUGGGCCAUGACGAGCGAGCCGAUGCCUAUGCCCAGCUGGAGCUCCGGACCCUGGAGCAGUCCCUCCUGGCCACCUGCGUGGGCAGCAUCUCGGAGCUGAGUGACUUGGUCUCCCGUGCCAUGCACCACAUGCAGGGGCGUCACCCCCUGUGCCCGGGUGCCAGCCCUGCCCGCCAGGCCCGCCAGCCGCCACAGCCCAUCACUUGGUCCCCCGACGCCCUCCACACGCUCUACUACUUUCUGCGGUGUCCACAGAUGGAGUCCAUGGAGAACCCCAACCUGGACCCCCCGAGAAUGACCUUGAACAAUGAACGGCCCUUCAUGCUGCUGCCGCCCCUCAUGGAGUGGAUGCGCGUGGCCAUCACCUACGCAGAGCACCGCCGCAGCCUCACCGUGGACAGCGGCGACAUCCGGCAGGCAGCCCGGCUGCUGCUGCCUGGUCUGGACUGUGAACCUCGGCAGCUCAAACCCGAACACUGUUUCAGUUCCUUCCGGAGGCUGGAUGCCCGAGCAGCUACUGAAAAAUUCAACCAGGACCUGGGUUUCCGCAUGCUCAACUGUGGGAGGACAGACCUCAUCAACCAGGCCAUCGAGGCCUUGGGUCCGGAUGGGGUUAACACCAUGGAUGACCAGGGUAUGACGCCACUGAUGUACGCCUGCGCUGCUGGGGACGAAGCGAUGGUCCAGAUGUUGAUUGAUGCUGGGGCAAACUUGGACAUCCAGGUUCCAAGCAACUCCCCCAGGCACCCUUCCAUCCACCCCGACAGCCGGCACUGGACCUCACUGACAUUUGCUGUGCUGCAUGGACACAUCUCUGUGGUCCAGUUGCUGCUGGAUGCUGGUGCCCAUGUCGAGGGCUCGGCAGUGAACGGCGGCGAGGACAGCUAUGCGGAGACGCCCCUGCAGCUGGCCUCUGCGGCAGGGAACUACGAGCUGGUCAGUUUGUUGCUGAGCCGAGGCGCCGACCCCCUCCUCAGCAUGCUGGAGGCCCACGGCAUGGGCUCCUCCCUCCACGAGGACAUGAACUGCUUCAGCCACUCCGCUGCCCACGGCCACAGGAACGUCCUGAGGAAGCUCCUGACGCAGCCGCAGCAGGCUAAAGCGGACGUGCUGUCCCUGGAGGAGAUCCUGGCCGAGGGUGUGGAGGAAAGUGAUGCGUCGAGCCAGGGCAGCGGCAGCGAGGGGCCCGUGCGGCUGAGCCGGACCCGCACCAAGGCCCUACAGGAGGCCAUGUACUACAGCGCUGAGCACGGCUACGUGGACAUCACCAUGGAGCUGAGGGCACUGGGAGUCCCCUGGAAGCUGCACAUCUGGAUCGAGUCUCUGAGGACCUCGUUCUCGCAGUCGCGGUACUCGGUGGUGCAGAGCCUCCUGCGGGACUUCAGCUCCAUCAAAGAGGAGGAGUACAACGAGGAGCUGGUGACCGAGGGCUUGCAGCUCAUGUUCGACAUCCUCAAGACCAGCAAAAACGACUCCGUCAUCCAGCAACUGGCUGCCAUCUUCACCCACUGCUAUGGCAGCAGUCCCAUCCCCAGCAUCCCAGAGAUCCGGAAGACCCUGCCGGCCAGGCUAGAUCCACACUUUUUGAACAAUAAGGAGAUGUCAGAUGUGACCUUCCUGGUGGAAGGAAAGCUGUUUUAUGCACAUAAAGUCCUGCUGGUGACAGCUUCUAACAGGUUCAAGACACUAAUGACCAAUAAAUCAGAACAGGAUGGUGACAGCAGCAAGACCAUCGAGAUCAGCGACAUGAAGUACCACAUUUUUCAGAUGAUGAUGCAGUAUCUGUACUACGGAGGAACAGAAUCCAUGGAGAUCCCCACCGCUGACAUCCUGGAGCUGCUGUCAGCUGCCAGCCUGUUCCAGCUGCAUGCCCUGCAGAGGCACUGCGAGAUCCUGUGCUCCCAGACCCUCAGCGUGGAGAGUGCCGUGAACACCUACAAAUAUGCCAAGAUCCACAAUGCCCCAGAACUGGCCCUGUUCUGUGAGGGUUUCUUCCUCAAGCACAUGAAGGCCCUACUGGAGCAGGAUGCCUUCCGGCAGCUCAUCUACGGCCGCAGCAGCAAAGUGCAGGGCCUGGAUCCACUGCAGGACCUGCAGAACACCCUGGCAGAGCGCGUGCACUCUGUCUACAUCACCUCCCGGGUGUGAGGCAGGGGGCGGAGGCUGCCGAGGCCAGGGCCUGUGGAGGUGCCAGGGCCCACCAUGUCGGGGUAUGGUUGUAGGCCCUCUUGGAGCCAGGUUCACGGGGCUGUUUCCUCCUCCUUCCCCAGAUGUCCCCCCUGUCACCGGGCAGCUCACCCUCAUCUCCUCUGCCCUAGAGCUGUUUGUUCAAUCACUGAUGGGCAAAGGGGAGAUGUAGCUAACUGGUGGCCCUCCUCCCCAUCUCAGUUUGCAACUCAAGGGCAGCCAUGCACUCCCCCUGGGUGUCGCUCUCCCCUCCUGCAGGUCAGCAGCUGAUCCUGAUCCACCUCCGCCCAAGCCCUCCAAGCUCUACUCACCCCUAGGGCCUCAGUAAACUCAGACCAUCCCAACUGGGGCUCCUGGGGGUACAGGAAUCCUGAUGAAUGUAUAGAAUGCAUACUGCCUAGGCCCCCAGUCGUCUACAGUAAUUCAAAAGCUGGUAUUUUUCUUCCUAAAUGUCACAUAGCAAAGGCUGCCCAAAUCCCCAAACUUGUUCUUCAAAGGUUUGACAGGCUUAAUGUGGGCAUCCAGUGGCCUGUGGACCCCCCCCUGCCACCACGACUGCUGCCACCCAGAGUCCCCCCAUUGUCUUUGGUGCCUGGGCUUCCAGAGUCCCUCCCAUCAGGACUACCAGCUUGCUCAGUUAGUAGCAGAGGGCAGUUCCCCAGCUUGAUGGUUUCUGAGCUAAGUCUGGCAUGGAGGGGCAAGGGGUAGGGGAUGGGGUGCUGUGUAGGAAUGGCCUCAGCUCUUGUUUUGCUGCUGGUUUUAGGGGCCAAAGUAAAUGGGUGGAUUCUGGAACCUCAGGCCUAGACUAGGUUGCCUUUGUGGGGGCGAUGAAGCAGAGUCCCCUGGUCAAGUCUCUCGGCUCCUUUAAUGUAGGAUUGAGAGCUGGGCAAACAUGUCCCACUGGGGACUGUGACUCUUGAAGAUUAAAGGACAGGGCAUUGAUGGAAGGUAAGGGCUGGGAGAAGAGGCCUUUCUGCUGUGUCCCCUCACGGCCUUGCCCUCGAAUUCUGCAGGCCCUGGGCUCCCCUGACACCUGUCAUAUUUAUGGACCAGACACUGGGGCAGCAUCAGGCACAGUCCUGUCUGGGUGCAACUUCUUCAGCUGUCUGGCCGCACCUUAAAAACUAUUUAUUCACCAAAAGCCCCAGGCAUUUCAGAAGGUGUCACUCAGGUCACCCUGAAAAGCCCCCAGGAGCUUGCAAUUCUGGAAAAUAUUUUGACUAGCUGCUUGGCUGGAUGUACAAAGAAAUAGGCAUUAUUUUAUUGCUGUAAUAUUGUAUGAUACUUUAACUGUACAAUAAUGUCACUUACUGUAAAUGUACUAUGGUUUUAUUAACAAUAAACACUCAUUAACAAUGA